GACAAAAGGACAUGCUAUUCACAGAAGAUGACGAUGACAAAACUGUGUCUCAUAAUCUCUCUUUUAUUUAGAGCAGUGUUGUCCAUUGGUAUCAUUACUCAGUCUGAUCUUUUGAAGACCUUCAUCCCUGGAGACACUGUUGAUUUGAAAUGCUUCAUCUCUGGGACUGGCGGAGACUACUACAACUGGUUCAAACUAACAGUAGGACAAGCUCCAGCGAUGAUAGUAUCUCUUUACCUUGACUCAAAAGAUCCAACGCUCUACGGGGAGUUUGACAACAAUCCUCGGUUUUCUGCAGAGAAGAACGGAGACAGCUUUGUGCUGACCAUUUCAAAUGCCAAGCCAUCGGAUGUGGGGAUGUAUUACUGUGCUGCACGUGAUUAUGAUGGCAUGAUCUUUGGAAAUGGUAUAUUUCUGAUGCAUAAAGGUGCAGGGUCCAGGAACCAUCAUGUUACUCAGCAGUCUGUGUCUGAGUCAGUCCAGCCAGGAGACUCUGUGACUCUGAACUGUACAGUACACACUAAGACCUGUUCAGGAGAUCACAGUGUCUAUUGGUUCAGACAUGGCUCAGGAGAAUCCCGUCCAGGAAUCAUUUACACCCAUGGAGACAGGAGGGAUCAGUGUGAGAAGAACCCUGAGGCUGGGUCUCCUACACAUAGCUGUGUCUACAACCUCCCCAAGAGGAACAUCAGCCUCUCUGAUGCUGGGACUUACUACUGUGCUGUGGCCUCAUGUGGGGAGAUACUGUUUGGAAACGGGACCAAGCUGGAGAUUAAUGACAAUUACGGAGACCCUCUUCUCUUGGUGUACUGCCUGAGCUCAGCAUUGGGUCUCUCGUUUAUCCUGAUCAUUUUCCUUGGUUACAUCAUGUACAAGUUGAACAAGAGAAAGUGUCUGCAGUGCAGAGGACCCGUCUCUCAGACAAGAAGUCCAGCAGUCUCUUAUUCAGAUACAGGGGCCCACGAUGCAGACAGUCUCCAUUAUGUAGCUCUGAAUCUGAGCAACAAUAAGAACAGGUCUAGAAGACAGAGAAGCAACAUGGAGGAAGAGACGGUGGUCAUAUACUCUGGGAUCAGACAGUAGAACUGGAUGAUUGAAACAGUUGUCCUUUCAUAUCAGAUAGCUCUUUAACUUGCCCUAACUUCAUUAGCUUUGUAUGAAUGCUUCAGUAAAAUGUGUUGAAAUCAGUGGUCAUAGUUUUUCGAGUGUAAUAUAAAGUGCAAAUAGAAAAAUAAAACAUUUCCAUCUGUUAAACCAAACUAAUUUGAAUAAGUUGAACUCAAUGCAUUCUGUUCACACACC